UGUAGACUUGUAGAGUUUAGUAGUUCGUGUCAUACGUUUGUACGGUAUUAUGAUGCGUUUUCUGUGUAACAUGUAAGUGAUUUGAUGGUGGAGACAGGAAAUCACGGAAAGACGCAUAUUGAGUGUGGCGUGGAUUAGGAGAGCACUCAUGGACUCCAAGGGAACUAGUUGGCUGAAAAAAGAGAAGAAUGAAGUAUAUGCUGAACCAGGCUCCUUCGUUCAGUUACACACAUCUACCAUGAAAUUAAAAGAAGAAUUGGAUGAGAAAGUGAACCAACAGUUUCUUGAAGGUCCGCUAAAGAUUGUAAUGCCUAGUCUCCAUAUAAAGCAAGACCUAGAACUAAAACAGGAGGAUGGCAUUGAGCGUGAUUGUCUUGAAGAUAAUUUGGUAAUCUCUUGGCCAAAUGAUUUUAUCAAGGAGGAUCCUGAACUAAAUUUGGAGGUGGGUGGAACUGAGAAUACUGUGGCAGCCUCAAUAAGAAAUGCAUCUGAUAGUUUAAGUUUCAUUCAAAGUGCUGGUGACAGCUGUAACGUUUCGUAUCAAGAAGCAUUACAUCAAGGACUAGUCGAUGACGAUCAGAAGAUAGAUACAGAGAUGUCAACAGAUUUCAGUAUGUCUCAUAACUAUACCAAGUUACGGACUUCACAUGAAGACAGCUUAUGUGGCACUAGAUUAAGUUGUAGCAUCAGGGAAAAGGAAUUCCAUAAGUUUAACUGUAGUUUCUGCCUACAGAGCUUCCCUUCAAAAUACAGACUCAUAAUGCAUAUCUUCAUCCACAUGGAUGGUGUGCAGGCACCUGCAUAUGUGUGUAAGUCAUGUGGUGAGGUAUUGCCCACUGAUGACAGCUUGAAAGAACAUUUGAGAAUGAGUGAGGGUGACCAAGCAUUAUCAGCUGCCAACAGUGAGAAACUUGAAUGCAGUGAUUACCAUGAAAACAUCAUCUCCUUAGAAAGUGUACGAGAAGAAAUCGUGGAACAGACUGAGAAGCAAUCUUCAUCCAAGGAAACCAGGAAAACUUUAAGGAAAUCCUUUAGUGACACAAGCAAUACACUUACUGUGACACAAGUUGCAGAGCAACUCAGAUAUGAUGACUAUGGAAUUUUGUGUACAAGUGAUCAUGUUAAUGUCCACACUGUGCUAAGUGCAAAGAGACGUCACAAAUGUGAUGUUUGUGGCAAAUUGUUUAAUCGUUCAAAUAGUCUCAAGGUACACGAAUUAAUACACACGGGAAAGAGACCCCACGAAUGCCAUGUUUGUGGGAAAUCGUUUACUCAGUCGAGCCAUCUCAAAAGACAUGAAUUAAUACAUACAGGAAAGAGACCCAUUGAAUGCGGUGUUUGUGGAAAAUCGUUUAUUCUUUCGGGCAGUCUGAAGGCUCACGAAUUAAUACACACGGGAAAGAGACCCCACGAAUGCCGUGUUUGUGGAAAAUCGUUUACUCAGUCGAGCAAUCUCAAAAGACAUGAAUUAAUACAUAAAGGAAAGAGACCCCAUGAAUGUGGUGUUUCUGGAAAAGCGUUUACUCAGUCGGGCCAUCUCAAGACCCAAAACGUAAUACACACAGGAAAGAGACCCCACGAGUGCGAUGUUUGUGGAAAAUCUUUUACUAAGUCGAGACAUCUCAAGAGCCACGGAUUAAUACACACUGGUAAGAGAUCCUACAAAUGUACUGUUUGUGGAAAAUCGUUUAUUCGUUCGGACAAUCUCAAGGUACACGAAUUAAUACACACAGGAACGAGACCCCAUGAAUGCGGUGUUUGUGGAAAAUCGUUCACUCUGUCGGGCCAUCUCAAGACCCACUUGUUAAUACACACAGGAAAGAGACCCCACGAAUGCGAAGUUUGUGGAAAAUCAUUUACUCAGUCGGGCCAUCUCAAGAGGCAUUUGUUGACACAUAUUGGAAAGAGACCCUACAAAUAUAGUGUUGCGUAAAUCGUUUCCUCAAUGGGGCAGUCUCAAGAAACACGAAUUAAUACACACUGAACAGGGACCACACAGUCAAUGUUGGUGGCAAAUCGUUUUCAGAACUGGGUCAUCUGAAAAUACACGCAGGAAUGAGCCCCUACAAAUAUGAUACUUGCGGCAAAUAUUUUUCUUACUCUGGUAAUCUCAAGGAAAUCAUUAGUACACACCGGUAAACGACCACACAAAUGUAGUAUUUUUGGCAAAUUGUAUAAAAACUCGAGUAACCUCAAGAAACAGCUAUCACUACACACUGAAAAGAAGGCUACACAGAUGUGAUAUUUACUGGGAAUCUUUUAAUCCGGUCUAUCAUCUUUAGAAGCAUGCAAUAAUACACAUUACGUAGAGACCACUCAAAGUAUUGUUGAGGUCUGUAGACUUAAACAUGUUCAAAGGAGACCACAAGUGCGUUAUGAAUAUUGUUCGCAUGUGCUACAGAAAGGUCACAAAAAAUACGACAAAUCCGUUUUCACAGCUUCAUGUUCAAAGAAGUUGCAUACUAAAUACAAUAUAUGAAGCACACAUUGCAAUUUUUUGUUGUAAAUGCUCCAUGCUAUAACGAUCUGUCUACCAGAAAUUGGUGCAUUGAGAGAUAUCUGUUACUUGUUUGAGUAGAAGUCCUAUGCAGUAAUCACGACUCCAUAUUCUUCAAGAGAAUUUACCAGUAUGUUGCUAAUUAUUUGAAAGAAACUGCCAUUUCAAUAUUCAUGAAGCUGUAGGCAGUACCCAGGCGACAGCAUAAAUGUGUUUAUUACACGUCCAUCACUCAGGCUAUUUUUCUCAACGAUGGAGAAAGAUACAAAAAUAUCAUGAUUAUGCAAACAUGUUACUGAGGUAUGCCUUCUUAAUAGUAAUGCUGUUUGUGUGAUCAAAAUUUGCACACAUGUGAACUAUCUGUGCUACUUCUACAUUAGGAAAUAACUGAUGGUGGCAAGUAUGCAGAGAUCAGGCAAAAAUUGUAAUCAUCUGCCUAGUAGCACUUUCAGACUGAAAUACAACAGUGCUUCUGUAUGGUAUGGACUCAUUAGUACUCUGUUAGUUUUCCACUAGUAAAUUGGACUAUAUGUCUACACACACCUCACACAGUUCCCAUUUACUGCAGGCUAUCAGUUUGUUGCUGUGUAGUUGGUGUGCAAUAGCAUCCCAAAUUCGUUUCAUAAUCAUUUAAUGAGGUGGGAAAGACAACAGUGUGAGCUAUCAUGAUGCUCAAACCAUUACAGUGUGAUUCUGACCUUGUGAUUGUGACCAGGGAAUACAUCAACCAUUAAGUGACACAGAGGUUGCAAUUAUGUUCGUGUUCUCCACAUCUGUCAUGGUGCUUCCAAUUAUGACCAGCUGUUUCUUGGCGUCUCAUAUGAAUAUCCCCUAUAGCAUGACAUUGCCCCCAACUUUCUGCACCUGUUGUGUAGUGCAUGUGUUGAACGACUGUUCAUCUGGGUGAUGGCACAUCAGGGCACAACCAUUGACCUGGUCCACAAGAAAUGUCACUUAUCCCAACACGUGACACAUCUUUAUUGGUAUGCAGUCCAAUCUCAAUUAUCCCAUUUGUAUUACUAUAGUAACUGACAAUGUUGUUAGAUCAACAUGGGAAUACAAAGCUGUUAUAUAACUUGGGGCCUCAUGUUCAACAGUGUCUGCUGAAUAGCUUGAAACUCAUGUGCCUGCUCAAGCAUUUUCUCCUGUCUCCACAGAUUGCCAUCAAUCCCAUUUUACAGAGCAGCUAGGUUCUGAUCUCCUUGUUCUAGGUAAUGCAUGGUAAUCCUACAACCUUUUGUCAACUUGUGGAUAUACCAUCUUUCAAAGAUGUUCCAUAGAGGCUAAUGAUAGAAGCAUCUGAGCAGCCAACCAGAUUCACUGUUUUUUAGCUGCACUUACCCAGGCACCAGGCAAAACCAUCUGCUCUUUGGCAAAGUUAUUUAUGCCAGUUUUUUACACAUACUGUAACUAGAAUGAUCACCCAUUCAUUGCUGGUUAUAUAGUUUCGUUACUACUUGACAUAACAAAAAUGCCACUGGGUAGCACACACUCCUCCUAGGGAAGUGGGUAUAAUGAUUUGGAUCAACAGUGUAUCUUGACACAAAAGGAUCUUUGGUAAAUUAUGUAGUAAUUCAAAUUUUCAUGUUUCAUUAAAUUUUAUGCCAAAAUACUAUUGUCAGUUUAAGUGCCAUAUUUCUUGUGAAAAAUAU